AUACAUCUAAAAUAAGUAAAUCACUUACAAAUCACAAGAGAAAAAAAAAACAUGAAUAUCCAAAUUCUCUCCAUCUUCCUCUAUCUCUUCCUCUUUUUCUUCCUCUCAACCACCUUAACUACCGCCGGUAACGGCCCUUUACCGCCACAAUCCAACGGCACAAAUUUCAUCCGUACAAGUUGCAAAACCACCUUAUACCCAAAAACAUGUUUCAAAUCCCUCUCUGGCUACUCCUCAGCCAUCCAACAAGACCCGGGCCGACUGGCCCGGGUCGCGAUCGGCGUAACAUUAUUCAAAGUCAACAACAUGGCCAAAUACAUCUCCAACAUAUCCCGAGUGGCAGACUACGGCAGCAGCCCGCGUGUGGCUGCUGCCGUACACGACUGUCACUCGGUUUUUGGAGACGCAGUUGCCGAUAUCCAAGACUCGCUUAGGCAGAUGAGACGGUUGAAUGGGUCUGGUGAGGAUUUGAGGUUCCAGCUCAGCAAUGUGCAGACGUGGAUGAGUGCGGCGUUGACCAAUGAGGAGACUUGUACGGAUGGGUUUGAGGAUACACCGGAUUGUGGGAUUAAGGAUGACGUUUGUGGUCGUGCGGUUAAGGUUAAGGAAGUUACUAGUAAUGCUUUGGCGUUAGUUAAUAGGUUUGUUGAUACUAUACACACGCCGUGAGUGUUGAACAUUAACGGUUGUUUAAGGUUUUAUGGUUUAUGUUAGUGAAAAUUGUGAAACAAAUUAGGGUUUGUAUUUAAGGGGGAAAGUGUAUAUGUAGUAUUAUAUUAUAUAAUGAAUAGAAUUCCUACAUUUUGGUUA